AUGUGUCAAUUGUAUAUGACCUUGGCGCUCAAUGCCUUGCAGUGCUUUGCGGCUCAAGGACAUGCAUGUGAAGACUUGGCUAUGCAUGUUGCUGAUUACUCGAGCUUUUCCAUCACGAACUCCAGCCAAGUGUCUGCUCAGAGUAUCUCUUUCCCAUCUUUGAGUACUCUUACCAACGAACUGCCACUCUGUCGUGUCAAGGGCCAAGUUGGGUAUGGACUGAACAAUUCGAUUGGAGUUGAAGUGUGGAUGCCGUCCGCUGAGAAAUGGAAUGGCCGAUAUCUCGUUGUUGGCAAUGGAGGACUUGCAGGAGUCAUCGACUACGCAGGCAUGUUGCAAGAGGUGAAUGCAGGCUAUGCAGUCGCAGCAGGAGACUCUGGCCAUCUUCUAUCGAACAAUGGCAAUGGAACAACGGAAGUUGGACAGAAUAUUCCUUUCCUGCAGGACCAGGAACAAACAAUCGAAUGGAUACGUCAAUCAAUCGCCUCCUUGACCACGCCGACGCGUGACUUGGUGGAAAGGUUCUAUGGGCAGCCACCAUCGCAUUCAUAUUUCCAGGGAUGCUCGACUGGUGGAGCACAAGGCUUCGCUCUUGCUCAAUAUCAUCCUGAACUAUUUGACGGCAUCAUUGCAGGAUGUCCUGGAAACUGGUACAGCCACCUCAUCCUCAGUUUCCUGUGGAACUAUCUUGCAGCAAAAGAUGCAUUACUUGCCCAGGAUACCCUUACCUUCAUUGCAAAUGCAACAAUUAAAAGUUGUGAUGGUGCAGAUGGAGUCAUGGACGGAGUCAUCGAGAAUCCUCUUGAAUGUCAGUUCAAUAUCUCCCAGCUCCAGUGUGCUUCUGGGCAAGCACCAAAUACCACGGAAGGAGUUCAAUGCCUCACUGAGAAGCAAAUCGCAACCUAUAAAGCGAUCCGAGCUGGCCCCAAAGAAUCUGAUACUGGAAGGGUUGUGUAUCCAGGGUUUGAGUCAGGAUCCGAAAGCUUGUGGUUAUAUCAGGAGACAGUGUUGGCAUUCAACUACACCGUGCCCAUCAUCCAGAACUUGGUGUUCAAAGAUCUGAAAUAUGAUUAUACGUCCUUCAAUUUCAGUUCGGAGGAUCUCAAGUUGGUGGACUCGAGGGCCUCACCCUAUAUUGAUUCAAUCUCUCCUGAUCUGCUCGCUUACAAGAAUAAAGGUGGCAAGUUGAUCGUAUAUCAAGGUUGGGCAGAUCCGCUGAACGCACCGACCUGGCCGAUUAAGCAGCUAGAACAGACGGAUGCUUUCCUCACCUCACUGGGCAGUUUUGCAGGUAACGCAUCGGAGUUUUAUCGAUUGUUCAUGGUACCUGGAGGUGGUCACUGUGGCGCAUCUGCUCCAUAUCCACAGACACCAGGGACAUAUCAUGUUUUGGAUGCAUUGACUGCGUGGGCGGAGAAUGGGACAGCACCUCUUCAAAUUGAAAGCUCUGGGCCGCUAGACCACAGCAACAGGACAAGGAAACUGUGCCCCUGA